GGAGCAACCAGCAGGCUGAGGCCUGUUGAGAAAGGAGAGGAAGAGAAGAAGAAAGAAGCAGCCUUGGUCCAGACCUACCUGCCCUCUCCACCCACAUCUUUUUAGUCUCAUGGAAACUCAGGUAGUCCUCCUGAGGGUACAACUCCUCAUCUAGACUCUUAAACAAAGCUCCCCUUGAAAUCAGCUCCACCCAGCUGACCCUAAGGUAGGACUUCAGCACCUUGUAUGAUCUCCAGAAGCAUCUACCAGUAUGUGGUCUCCUCUUUCGCCAUCUGCGCACAUGGUCACUCUCUUCCUGGUCUUCCAAGUCCCCACUGCGAAAGGCUUCGUCCGUGCGGUUUGUGGCCAUAAUUCCACCAUACACAAUUUUGAUGCUUUACCAGCCCUUUUUGGACCUCCCAUCCCCAAGGAAGGGCUGGCAGGAUUGCUGGUCGAGGCGAAGCCUGCCGAUGCCUGCCAGCCCAUUGAAGGCCCACCGAACACCACCUCUACUUUCAUUGUCCUCAUCCGUCGGUAUGAUUGCUCCUUUGGCACUAAGGUCCUUCAUGCCCAGCAGGCAGGAUUCCAGGCAGCAAUUGUCCACAAUGUCCACUCCCCAAACCUGGUGCAAAUGGUGAGUGAGCUGGAUGCCAAAGAUCACAUUCAUAUCCCGGCCAUGUUCAUUGCAGAUGUGGCAUCUAGGGCCUUGAAGCGGCUCCACCGCGCCAGGAAACUGACGUCGUUGAUCUUGGUACCCGAGUAUUUCCACUUCAUUUGGAAAGGAUCAUCUGGGAUCACCCGUAUCUCUUCUUCCUAUCGUUGCCAGUGCCAACUCCAGCUGCCUGGUCCCUGUUUGCAUAUGGUGUCCCUCUAUACCUGUUGGAUUAUCUGCAUCUCAGUGUCUGCUCUGAUCGUCUCUUUGCUCAUUGAGAAAUACGUAUUCGGGAGACAAGCCUGGAAGCAAAGGAAGAACCAAAUCCUCCAAGAAAAUGACUGGACUGAUGUCUCAUUCACCAGUUCCAGAUACCAAGAAUGUGCCAUCUGCUUGGAGAAGUACACAGAGCAUGACAGCCUGAAGGUCCUCUCAUGUUCUCAUGCCUUUCACAGCAAAUGCAUUGACCUCUGGCAUGUCACGCAGACCAGGAGCAAGACCUGCCCUCUCUGCAUGCAGAAGGUGCUGGUGGUCACCCGUUUGCAAGCGGUGAAGUUAUGGAAAGAUGGUACGGGGGAAAACAAAUGGACCUUGUCACUGGGAAAAGGCAAGACCAUCCCCAAUGGCCAGCGAUCUUUCCUCCUCCUCUCUCAAUGGUUUCCUUCCCACUUCUGAAAGCCAACCAAGACAGGAUGAAAUUCCCUGUCAGAAGACCAGGAGGGAACAUCAGCCACAUCAAAUGGGAAGGUGUGGAUGGCAUGGUGUGUUUAUCAUUACAAUUAUAGUUAUUAUCAAGAUCUUGAUCUAGGCCAUCUAUUGAAAAAUGAGAACAUCAUGGCAAGUGAGAAGAAGCAAGACCGAACAGCAACCCAAGGGGGAUAAAAACCACUAAGAACCAACUGGACAUGGGGUGGUUGAGGCCACAUGGAGAACAUUACCAUCUUCUGCUUUGCUCCGCUCUGCUUCACACAUUUCAAUGCCAGCAGUCAGCCUUUCUCAUGCACAUC